CGAGAUCUUACGAGAUAUUCAAGGGAAUCCUAUGAUGUACAGCCACAACAUAAAUUGCCAGAAGAUAUCAAUAAACCAGUGGCUCCAGCACAUGUUAUCUUGAAUAAGGUAACGGACGAUCCCCCAGCUGGUAGUAAAUCAGCUCCACCAAUCAGAAUUAAGAGAAUAUUACGUGAAAUAUCAUCUUAUAUGAGUACACCACAUCAAGCUAUCCAGAUUUUUCCAUGUGAGAAUAACAUUGGAUUUUGGCGAAUACUGCUUCUUGGUCCUGCUGAUACACCUUAUGAAAAUGGUGUGUAUUCACUCUAUGCAGAGUUUCCCAAGGACUACCCUGCUGUGCCUCCAAUAGUCAGAUUUAUUACUCCUAUAUACCAUUGCAAUGUGAAUGCUUCUGGUCGGAUAUGUCAUAGUGUAUUUGAUAGAGAGUACACAUCAGAUACACCAAUCACAACUAUUCUAACAUGUGUCUUUGGUUUACUCAUCACACCUGAACCAGAUGAUCCAUUAGACAGCACAUUGGCUGAGGAAUAUUUUGCAGACAAAGUAUUGUAUGACCAAAAAGCUGGAGCUCACAGCAGAUUACAUGCAAGUAAAACUAUAGCUGAACACCAACAGGAAAUGCUCAGUAGUGAAUCCCGCGAGUUUGAACCAUUGCCAUCCCAUCUUGUAUGUCCACUGUCAAAAGAGUUGUUUGUGGAUCCAGUGAAAACACCUCAUGGUCAUGUGUAUGAAAGAUAUGCUAUUGAAGCACACUUAAGUAAAACAAGCAUUGAUCCAGUGGCUUUGAAACCUCUUGUAGAAGAUCAGUUGGUACCAUGCUGCGAUGUCAAGAAAUUAGCAGAAGAAUAUAGGAGUAGUCGUAUCAAGGUGGAUGCCUGGUGGCAAGAAUAA